UUUUUUUGUCCCGUGGAACUAGUAAGUGCGAAGAUGCCAUCCGGUACUUUGGAACGGACUUCUUCCUCCGUGGCUGCCGCCACCCCGAGUGGAAACUCCACGCCUGAGACACCGCGCAGUCAGACAGUGAGCAGAAAGUCAUCCAAGCCAAUUAUGGAGAAGCGAAGACGCGCGAGAAUCAAUGAGAGUUUGGCUCACCUGAAGACGCUCAUUUUGGACGCGCUCAAGAAAGAUAGCUCCAGACACUCCAAACUAGAGAAGGCAGAUAUUCUUGAGAUGACUGUGAAACACCUCAGAAACCUGCAGCGACUUCAGAUGACAGUGAGCACAGAUACGUCCAUCCUGGGUAAAUACAGAACCGGUUUCAGCGAGUGCAUGGGCGAGGUCACCCGCUUCCUGUCCACGUGCGAUGAGGUCAACUCAGAGGUGAGGAACCGUCUCCUCAGCCACCUGACGGGCUGCGUGUCACAGAUGAACGGCGUGAACUGCUACGCACCUCACGCAGGCCCGCCAGGUCCCCGACAGACCGGAGCCCAGGUCGCGGCCGCACCCGCCCUUCACGUCGCUUGUAAAAGCAGCUCGCAGACGCGUGGCCUUGACCCGGAAGACAUGAAGCUUCACGGCACCUUCCAGGUGGUUCCUACCCCUGAUGGACACUUUGCCUUUCUUGUUCCCAGUGCAGCUGUCACACCUGUAGGUGCGCAAAGAAGCCAUUACAUGUCUCCCUGUGCACCCCCAGUCACCUCAGACUCUGUGUGGAGACCCUGGUAGCAUACCUCAAACACUUCUUGUUGGAAAAAUGGCACAAAUCGAGUUGACUUUUUUAUACCUUUUGUACAUUUUUUACUUGAGAGUAUAAUGUUUACAUGUUUUUUCCCCCUAAAGGAAAGGUGAUGAUGUGAUCUAUUUUGUCUUUGGCACAAUUUGUUUAGCCUCAUGAGGUUAUU